AUGAGCAUACUCUGCUGCAAGCCUUGCUGCUGCCAGCCCUGCUGCUGUGUUCCCACCUGCUGCCAGCCCUGCUGCUGUGUGCCCACCUGCUGCCAGCCCUGCUGCUGUGUGCCCACCUGCUGCCAGCCUUGCUGCUGCAUGCCCAUCUGCUGCCAGCCCUGCUGCUGUGUACCCACCUGCUGUGAAAGCACCUGCUUAAAACCCUCCACACCUAAUACCAUGGCCCUCUGUUGCUGCCCACCUUGCUGUGAGCCAUGCGGCUGCAAGACCACCUGCUGCCAGUCCUGCUGCUGUGAAUCCAGCUGCCCCAAGUCUAUCUGCUGCCAACCUUGCUGUCCCCCAUGUUGCUGCAGCAUACCCUGCUGCCUGUCCUGCUGCUGUGUGCCUAGCUGCUGCCAGCCCUGCUGCUGUGUGCCCACCUGCUGUGAAAGCACCUGCUGUGAAAACACCUGCUCCAAGACUACCUGUUGCAAGCCAACCUGUGUGAUCAUCUGCAGCAGCAUACCCUUCUGCCAACCCUGCUGCUGCCAGCCCUGCUCCUGCCAACCCUGCUGCUGUGUGCCCACCUGCUGCCAGCCCUGCUGCUGUGUGCCCACCUGCUGUCAGCCCUACUGCUGCAUGAUCACCUGCUGCCAGCCCUGCUGCUGCGUGCCCAGCUGCUGUGAAAGAACCUGCUGCAAGACCACCUGUUGCAAGCCAACCUUUGUGAACAUCCGUUGUAGCACACCCUGCUGCCAGUCCUGCUGCUGCUGA